UCAGACAUUGAACGUCGCGCGUCGAACUGUGAAUUCGCUUAACUAGAAACUGUAACCGUAACUAAGAACAGAGCUUGCAACAAGAGGCCUCACCUGGCCGCCAUACCCCAUAUCCAUAUCCAUACUCCUGCCAUCCAUAACCAUACCUAUUCAUUCAUCCAUCCAUCCAUCCAUCCAUCAUCUUGGCAAUCUUUUUUUUUUGCUGUCUGUGCCCGCGCAGUGAUUUCUGUAAUUUUUUCAAAUUUGAAUUCCGGUUUUUCGCAUUCUGUUUUCUGUUUUGUUUUUUUGUGUUGCCCCUUUGCCGUGUGCGGUGCGUGAAUUGGCAUAAACAUUUAGCGCGAAAUUGUGUGCAGCUGUUUGUUGGAUCCAUUGGAUUUGCAACAAUUGCAGCCAACUAUCCAGAGAAUCACUGGCAUAACGAUAACAACAACAAAGUUGGCAAAUGCAUUCCACGGCAUGCGGCGUUGGCGCCUCCGCCACAAAUCUUGCAUCACUGCAAACAACUUGCAGCAGCAGCAGCAACAGUGCAGCGGCAGCGGCAGCAGCAGAUGCUCACAAGAUGGUGCACCAUAACAACGACGAUGCCAUGAAUAAAAUUCCACUCAAAUCCGCCAGCGGAUUGGACGACGAGGAGAAGAAUGGCGGCGAGCUGAUGCAGGACACCGCCGCAGCCGAGGAGGCGCGACGCGAACAGAUGCGUGCAAAUAUGUUGGCCUGGAUGAAGAAGCUGACGAUUGGGCUCAUCUGCUUUAUAGGCAUUGCUCUGAUAAGCUAUGUGAUCAUCAGCCUGUGCUUCAGCGACUGGCCAAAGUCAACGCCCCUGCGAAACAACAGCAGCAGCAUUGUUGCAACUGCAGCGACAACAGGUACAGCAACACCAGCAAUAUUGGCAGCAGCAACAGAGGCUGUUGCCGCAGCAACUCCACCACCAACAACAUCAGCAACAACAACAACAAUAACAGCAGAAACAACUAGCACAACUAGCACAAGAGAACAUAGCACACAUAGCAGCAUUGUUGCAACUACAACAACAAGAACAACAACAACAACAACACCACCACCAACAAGCAAUCCAAGCACAAGCAACACAUUUAUAACAUUUACUCCAACAGAUGAGCAACCGCUGCCACCAACAUCGGAACAGAACAACGACAACAUUGAAAUGACAACAGCAGCCAAUGGAGAUUACUCAAUGGCUGGACCCGCUAUGGCAGCUUCCACAUCACCAACAACUCCGCCACCGUCGACAGCAACAAAGCUGAACAACAAUCAGAAAUUCGAGUCCACUUUGGGAGUCUUCGAGAAGGCGGCUGUCUGUUCGGACUCACCGCCCUGCAGUCAGGUUGGAAGCGACAUAUUGGCACAAAAUGGAAGCGCAGUGGAUGCAACAAUUGCCGCAAUGCUGUGCAACGGUCUUUUGACAGCACAGAGCAUGGGAAUUGGUGGUGGUAACCUCAUUAACAUCUAUGAUCGAGAAUCGCGAAAGGGCUAUCAGAUUGAUGCCCAUAUGGUGGCACCAUAUGCCGCUGAUCCCAAUAUGUUUGAUUCCAAUCCCAAUCCCAAUGCCUCGCUGUUCGGACCAUUGAGCAUCGCUGUGCCAGGAGAGGUCAUGGGUUAUCAUUUGGCGCACCAACGCUUUGGCAAGCUACCUUGGCGUGACCUUGUGGCGCCUUCCCUGAAGCUGUGCGAAACGGGCUACUAUAUGACAAAGCAUCAGGAGAUUAGUGUGCGGAACGCAUGGCAUUUAAUCAAGGAUAAUCCACAAUAUAUGACUGUAUUUUUAAACACUGAAACCGGUGAGCAAAGCAUGGAGGGAGAUUUACUGAAAUCACCGAAACAAUUGUGCAACACAUAUCAAUUGCUGGCCGACAAUGGUCCGUUGGACUUUUACAAUGGGACAGUGGCCAAAAUGCUGGCUGAGGAUCUCAAGGAGCUGGGCAGUAUUAUAACCCGCGAUGACUUGGAUGCAUAUUCAGCUGAAAUGCGAUUGUCGAUAACAAUGCCCCUCGGCCAGGACACCCUGUAUGCCGUACCUCCCGUGAGCAGUGGAUCUGUUGUAUCGCAUGUUUUGAGUAUUCUCGAGGGAUUCAAUUUCACUCGUGCUGACUUGGCUGACGAUGAAUCCUAUGCCCUGACCGUUCAUCGCAUUACAGAGGCCUUGAAAUUCGGAUUCGCUCGUCGGUCUGAGCUGGGUGAUCCGCGAUUUAAUGAGAUUCGUGAAUUGGUUAGCCAGCUGAACAGUCCGGAGUAUGCUGCUCAACAGCGUGCCAAGAUCAAUGACAGCCAUGUGCUGGAUGGUCCUCAGGAGUACGGGGCACAAUUUGGAACCCAAGAAGAUCCUUAUGGUACCUCCCACCUCGCGGUGUUGGCACCCAAUGGCGAUGCCGUAUCCGUAACCAGCUCCAUUAAUUUCUACUUUGGCUCCGGCUUGAUUGGACCACGAACGGGCAUCAUAUUGAACAAUGGAAUGAAUGAUUUUGGUGUGCAAAACAAUUUAUUUGGACUGCCACCAUCGCCGUCCAAUGGAAUUGAUGUACACAAGCGUCCCAUGUCGUCGCAGUCACCAAUGUUGCUGGCGGAUAACGACGGCAACAUACGGCUGGCGAUUGGAGCCGCCGGCGGUACCAAGAUCAUACCAGCAAUUGUCGAGGUCGCAGCACGUUUUCUGUGGCUCGGAGACGAUCUGAAGGCGGCGGUGGAUGCACCACGUUUUUACCAUCAACUUUCGCCUGAUGUUCUCGAAUACGAGGAUGGUAAAUUUUCAGAAGCCGUGCUGCAGUUGCUCACAAAACGGGGGCACCAUUUGAAGCCCUUAACCAUUUCAACGUCCUCCGUGGUCUGUGCCAUUGGACGCAAUGCAACCGCAAUUUAUGGCAAUGCCGAUGGACGCAAACGUGGCAACGUUGCGGGAUUUUAGAUGCAUUCACAUAUACACACACACACAGACACUCAUACACACCCACACACACACACACCCACACACACACACACACAAGCAAGCAACACUAGCGUAUCGUCAAGUGAGAUUAGUUGGAAAAACGAAGCGAGCAUCACAGAGAGAAUGAGAGAAGUGAAAGUGAGAAGU